GGUCGUCGUUUUGUUUUUAUUAUUAUUUUUAAACAUAUAUAUUUUUUAUUUGAUUAUUUUCUAUCUACGUGACUUUACUGAAAGAACUAAAGAAUAGGGAAUGACUCCUCGACACUGACGAGAAGGGAGUUUCGCAACAUUCAUGCGACUAUCCAUCACCCCUCACCUCUGCAGUGCUUGACUACAGCCCACGUGCUUAUUCACCACUUCCAAACACAGGUCCACAUUACUCACACCCCAAUCUCCCCCCCCCCAAAGCCCUAAGGUGACUAAGACCAAAAGUAUACGGAUAUAGUCCACAUGUUCACACCUCUAUUAUAAGUUAAAUAUUUUUAUUCUUCAUAUUUUUUAUUCGUUUUGUCAGCGCUACGUGGCGCCGACAAAUCCCUGCGCAUAUUCGAGCACAGAGCGAAACCACCGUGGUCUGAGCCCCUUCAGUGGAGGAGGAACAGCAAAGCUACACAAUCUCUCUCUCUCUCUCGCCCUCACAUGGCACUAGAUUGAAAACCCAUGUCCUUGAUAUUCGAUUCUUGUGUUUAAUUUGUUGUUCUUCCCCCCCGCACCAUCCGAUUAGCACGGUUGGCUACGUACGGUGCGAAAGAAGUUCAACAUACAUACAUGGCUACAGUGCCGGAUUAAGCUAGUGCGGGGCCUGUAACAAAAAAAAGUACAUAUUAAAACUGACAUUUUUAACUCGCACAGUAAAGUAAUUGUAUUAUUUCAUUUGCUACACAGGCAGAUAAUAAGACAAAUCGCUAACCUUAAACACACUGUCGUUCAUAAAAGUUGAAGGCAGUAUAAUACUAUAGUAAUAGAGCAAGUGCAGAAUCACUGAACCGAAAUUGAUUGCUUGAAAGCAUUUAGCGCGAGUCCCUUGAAAGUGCGGGGCCCUUAGCUACUACAUAUGUAGUAGCUACUUUUGCUACUGGGAUAAUCCGGCAAUGCGUGGCUGGCAGACAUCGACAUAAUGCCAUGCGCACGAGUAUAAUUGGCAUCCACACCACAGCCUGCGCCCUCUGUGAAAGGAGCGACCCCACUGGGUUGAGUCCACCAGCCCAUCUCGUGCGUAACGAGACGGAGCUGUCCCUGUGCAUUCCCUCCCGCCCUCCACGUGCAGUGCUGAACGUCACGGACGAUGAGGGAGACACGCCGCUCCACGUGGCGGCCGGCAGCGGGCAAGCCGAGGCGGUGCGGCUGCUGCUGGUCCUGGGGGCGAACCCCAACGUCCUGAACCUCGCGCAGAAGGCCCCACUGCACGUGGCGUCCGAGCUGGACCUGAGCGACACCGUAGAGGCCCUGAUGUCGCAGGCACGCACGGACGUUGACAUCGAGGGCGUGCACGGGAUGACUCCCGUCAUGGUGGCCUGCUCCUUCGACCACCCCAGGAGCAUCGCCGUGCUGAUGGACCAUGGCGCCCGCAUGUGCAAGAAGAGCCAGCUCGGGUUCUUCCCCCUCCACAUCGCGGUGAUGGCCGGCUCCACAAAGUCCUUCCAGUUCAUGCUCCGCAAGGCGGAGGAGAAGGGCUACAUGAAGGAGACCAUCCUGAACUACGCGGACAAGAGCCAGAACAGCACCCUCCACAUAGCGGUGCACGCCGGCCACCUGGGCAUUAUCCGCAUCUGCCUGCAGUCGGGCGCCCGCAUCGACGCCAAGCAGAAUGAUGAGUCCACGCCUGUGCACCUGGCGUGCGCCCAGGGGGCAAUGGACAUGGUCCAGUUGAUGUUCUCCAUGCAGGACCCGCAGAGGGAGAGCCUCAAGCUGCGUGACGCCGAGGAGCAGACGCCGUUGCACAAGGCGGCUAUGUUUGAUCACUACGAGCUGGUGGAGUACCUGGUGCGGGAGGGCGCCGAGCUGGACAGCCUGGACAGGGAGAAGCGCUCGCCGUGCCUCCUCGCGACGAUGCGCGGAGCCUGGAGGACCGUCACCACGCUGCUCUCCCUGGGAGCCAACGUGAGCAUCCAGGACAUCAAGGGGCGGAACUUCCUGCACGUGGCGGUCUCGCAAGGCGGGUGGCUGGGAAACUUUGGGAAGGACAUCUUUCAGCGCGAGGACAUCAAGGCUCUGCUGGAAGACAAGGACACGGAGGGCUGCACACCGCUCCACUACGCCUCGAAGUAUGGCACCAUCGAGGCGCUGGGCGGGGUGCUGCCCCUGCAGGCGAGCAUUCACCUCAAGAGCAAGGCCAACAAGUCUCCGCUCCACUUCGCUGCCGAGUACGGGCGGCUCAACUCGUGCGCGCAACUCCUGCGGACGGCGCGCGGCUCCAAGCUCAUGAACGAGGGCGACGGCGACGGCCUCACGGCCCUCCACCUCGCCGCCUCCAACGGCCACACGCGCGUCGUGCAGCUGCUGCUCAGCAGGGGAGCGCUGCUGCUGCGAGACCACCAGGGCCGUACCAGCCUGCACUGGGCAGCUGUGGGUGGCUACACGCAGACCAUCAAGCUUCUGCUCGAGACACAUCGCAACCUGCUCAACAAAACAGAGGAAGGAGGGCACACGGCGCUGCACCUGUGUGGGCGUGAGGGCCACGCGGCGACGGCGCGGCUGCUGCUGGACGAGGGAGCGGAGUUGAUGCUGAACGCGGAGGGCUUCUCCUGCCUCAACGAGGCCAUCCUCAACGGCCACGCCGACGUGGUGCUCACCAUGGUCACGCACCAAAGGUGCAACGAGCUGAUGACAUACUUCCAGAAGGAGGACACCACGCGCUCUCCCAUGUUCCAGCUCAUCAACCACAUGCCCGACAUCUGCAAGGUGGUUUUGGACAGAUGCAGAGAAGAGUCAAGUGUUGACAGGAACAGCAAGGAAUACUGGCAAACCUACAACUUCCAUUUACUGCAGUGCCCCAUCAACAAACGCGACACCCUUAAAGCGGAAAAUGGGAAAAACCUGUACGAGCCACUCUUCUCCAUGAAUGCCAUGGUGAGGUUCAAUCGCGUCAACCUCCUCACUCACCCCGUCUGCGAGCAGUUCCUCAAGAUGAAAUGGCUCUCGUACGGCAUGAAGAUCUACUCGCUGAAUCUGUUGGUGUACAUGCUGGGUCUCGUGCCGCUCACCUACCUUGUGGCCUCCUCCACAGCCGACAUGCACCACGGUCACGACCAGCACAACGGAACCACCGGCGGGCACGGCAACACGAGUGCCGUCGAUUACAACAUGCCAUUCAAGACGUUUCAGAGAAACAAGAUGAACCUCACCGCCAUGACCAUGGUGCUGUGCACAUCCGUGCUGGGCAUGAUCAAGGAGAUCAUACAAAUUGUGCAGCUGGCGGGCAAGUACUUUGUGGAGCUCACGAACCUGCUGGAGUGGGUGCUGUACAGCUCCUGCGUCGUGUUCGUCGUGCCCAUGAUGACGGGCAACGCGGAGGCGUGGACCUGGUCGGCGGGGGCCGUGGCCGUGUUCCUCGCCUGGGUCAACUUCCUCCUCUACUUCCGACGGUUCGAGUUCGCCGGCAUCUACGUGGUGAUGCUGCUGGAGAUCCUGCGCACGCUCUGCCACAUCGUCACCAUCUUCUUCUUCCUGCUGCUCGCCUUCGGCCUCUCCUUCUACGUGCUCAUGAGUCGCCAGGUGGCGUUCAACACAGUCUCCGUGUCCCUGAUGCAAGCGUUCGUCAUGAUGCUGGGAGAAAUGCAGUACACGGACAACUUCCUGACGCCGUUCAUAAACCAGCAGCUGCCCUUCCCCGAGCUCACCUGCGUGAUGCUCGUCGUUUUUCUCAUUCUCAUGCCCAUCCUGCUCAUGAACCUCAUGAUUGGUCUGGCGGUCGGUGACAUAGCAGAGGUCCAGCGUAACGCGUGCCUGAAGAGAAUCGCCAUGCAGGUGGAGCUGCACACGGAGCUGGAGAAGAAGCUGCCGUCGUGGCUGCUGCAGUGCGUGGACCAGGUGUCCAUCACCGUCUACCCCAACAAGUGUCGCAGAUCCAUGCUGGUUAGCAUCUUCUCGUUUGGCAACCGCAACAUGGACGUGCCAGGGAAUGAGAACGUCCCCUACCAGCAGCUGGAGAUGGAGAUGCAGAAGCAGAAAUACAGGCUCAAGGACAUCUCGCAGGCUCUGCAGCGGCAGCAAGAGCUGCUCAAGCUCGUCGUGCAGAAGAUGGAGAUCGUGUCGGAGGCGGAGCGCGACGAGGGCGACGACGUCCCCUCCUACUCCCUGGCCAAGCGCCGCCUGCUCAGCACGCGCCGCAGCCGCUGGGACUCGGUCAUCGCCGCCAUCAAGAAGUAGCUGCCGCCCUAUCCACACCCCUCCUCCUCCUCCCACCCCCCCCCAUUAAAAAAAAUGUUCGUUGUACCGGCCCCUACGUGAGUGGGGCGAUAGACUCUUAAGCCCCCCCCCCCCCGGGUUGACUAUCACCCCCCCCGACAAAUGGGAUCGAUCGCGUCGGGUCUGUAUGCCUCCGUGGAUGUCUUUGCCCGGCUUGUGUGUGUGUGUGUGUUUAUUUGUCGCCCCAGCAGCAGCAGCAGCAUUGUUGUUUACGGGCUUACGUUGCUGUCUAUGAUAAAAAGAAACAAUGCAGGGAAAAAAAUUCGGAUUUUGAAAGAAAUAAAAAAGAGGGUAGCUGGGGCUGCCGAUCGAGCGACGCCGUCGCGCUGUCGCGGGGGGACUCCGGCCCGGGCACCGCUGAGAGGCCGGGGGGAUCGAGCGUGCAGGUUUCGGUGGCCCGCCGUUUUAACAUGAGCAAAACAAAAGAGAUGUGUCCGUAAUGUAAUGCAUGCGCGUACGCAUGUGUCUUCAAACUUCUUCCGCACCGUACGUAGGCGACCGCAUCAAUCGGAGGCGCGGAGGAAGGGACGGCAAAACUAAACACGAAAAGCAGUUCUAGAGAAAUGAGUUUUCAAUCAAGAUUUAAAAGCGCUUAGCUCCACAAAUCCAGCUCACAGUCGAUCGACAAGUUACACGCAUGGCGUGGUAAAGUGGGGAGGGGUGGGGGGGGGGGGGUGCUUUCGACUAUUCCAGGACAUCUGGCCUUUUGGAAGAGUAGGCAAAAACACCUUCUCGAGGGGUUCUCUCUCUAAAGCGCCUUCUUGCGGAAAGGCCCUUCCGCUAGCAGUGGCGUGAGCGGGCGCUGGCAGGGCCCGCGCCCUGCCAGCGCCACCUCUCGACCCCAACCGACUACAUUUUCUGCGAUCCAACCCGAAGACGAAAAAAAACCUCCAUUGCGCCAGAUAUUGGUCGCGAAAUUCUGCGUGUUCAAAAGGGACGGAAAUGUUGGCUCCACAAUUGCGCGUCGAACACCUCACGUCGGCGCGCGUUGACGUCUCUCUCGUGUGCGGUAGGACGCCUUUGGAAGCACCUCGGCGACGUGGCCGAGCGGUCGUGCGGCCCUUUCGCCGCUCGUCGCCGAGGUUUCCCCGUUCGAGCCCGGCGGGCCACCCUGGUUAAUACAGCCGCGCGUUGCGUUGACCAUUGCGGUCCGUUUACUGUAUUCGGCACCCGCACGGCGGGUGCGGUCGAAGACGACCGCACUCGGGGUGGCCGUUGAACAAUGAAACUCUUUCAACAACGAUGAAAAGACACGAGCGGCCACGAAGCACGGCCUCGCGCCACGGCUCCGCCUCGCUGUCCCACAACGGCGAGCCGGAGAACGGCCCCGACCCUGUAAGGCAUGACGACAAGCGUACGUUGUCUACACCGUUGUAGAUGCGCACAGACCGCUGCGCGGAGGGCUUGGGAAGAUCCCCGCGACGUUACGCAAAGGCGACGAGACCGAAAUCACUCGCGGCACGCCUGAACUGGGUGAAUCCACUCCUGCAGACGAUACUCGUCUGUUCGGCGUGGGCGCGUUCGUGAUACAGGUGGCACGAAUAACAAAACGUGCAGUCUGUAACCCUGUAACGCGGUAGUUGCGUUCCUGAAGAACACCGCGUAAUGGAAACAAACUGGGUUAUCAUAACCAUUUGGUAAGGCACAGUCCGCGAUAACACGCGGCAUGCGUACGCAGGCUGAACAAAGACGGAGGCGCGUGGGUAGCAUCUAGAAGCAUCCAGCGGCAUCCCAGUGCCUUGUUGUGCGAUGCUACGCCGAGGCAGCCGUACGACCGCUUAUUCCUACUCGCGCGACGUAGCUACGUUCGCUCGAUCAAGUUAUAUACAAUUUGUAUCCGCGUUAUGAAAAGAAAAACGUUCCCUAAUACAUCAAUCGCGUUUUGUCCAAUUCGCGUUAUGAAAACUGCAUGCAGAACGUACCAUGAUUGAUAAGACGUGCCAUUGUUACGUGCAUUGCUGUGAGCGUCUCGAAAGGGAAUUCCUCCGUCUCGUGUCAUGACGCAAACGGCCCAAUCGUGAUGUAUGUGCACGGACAGCCAACGGCGCAAUACGUGAGCUCCUCGUCCUAAUGAACCUCUCAUAUCACUCGUUUCUUUGUCAAUUAAAUCCUAGGAAAGCAAUGUAUUUAUUUAUACGAAUCAUAUAAAGAAAUACGUGGCUUUCCUCGGGUUUAUUUGUAUAAAUAAGGAAAGCCAUUGAAACUCCCGUACGAGGAUUAAGAGCGAUGUCACAUAUAGAAUUGUAUCCAUUGGCGGAGUUUGUAUCCUUUUAUCAAUCCCUUAAAAACACGUUACCUUGAGAGCAGUCAACAUUCACUGCGGCCUUGCACCCCUUUGGUUUCCAAUCGUUAAAAAAAAAACAUAUCUAUAUAAAGUUAAUAGGUACGGAGGCUUAAUGAAACGAUGUAGUUGUAAAAUUUUGAUUCAAAGCUUUCGUGACUGCAGGGAUUCAUAUACUUGGUUCUUUCGGUAAAGUCACGUUUCCCUUCUACGUGACUUUACCGAAAGAACCAAGAAGAUGUAGGUGUACUUACGUGUCCGUGCUUAAUGCGUGUGCUUCGAUUAUUUACCUCCCCGAAACCAAAUCUGGCCCAUGUCUCGCACCCCCAGAGAGGGCACCUCGUACCCCCCCUAGCUGGGUGCAUGCACCCCGGGUUCAGAGCGGCUCCAUUCCUUGAGAGCUCUCUCGGUGAACCAAAAAAAACUUCUCUAGCGCGCCCUCUACUGGAGGCUCUCCCACAAACAGCUGUGCCCACAUAGCAAGGCACGCCAACAGCCGUGCCCGCAUAGCAAGGCACGUUCAACAGCUGUGCCCGCAUAGCAAGGCACGUUCAACAGCUGUGCCCACAUAGCAAGGCACGUUCAACAGCUGUGCCCACAUAGCAAGGCACGUCAACAGCUGUGCCCGCAUAGCAAGGCACGUCAACAGCUGUGCCCGCAUAGCAAGGCACGUUCAACAGCUGUGCCCGCAUAGCAAGGCACGUUCAACAGCUGUGCCCACAUAGCAAGGCACGUUCAACAGCUGUGCCCACAUAGCAAGGCACGUCAACAGCUGUGCCCGCAUAGCAAGGCACGUCAACAGCUGUGCCCGCAUAGCAAGGCACGUUCAACAGCCGUGCCCGCAUAGCAAGGCACGUCAACAGCCGUGCCCGCAUAGCAAGGCAUGCCUCAAAGUGCCGUACGUAUAUAGUAUAGUUGAACUUCUCUCGCGCAACCGUCCGUAGCCAAACGGUGCUAAUCGGAGGUUUCUCGCUGUUUUUGUGUGCCUAAGUCUAUAACGAGUGUACGUCAAAUGGGUAUAACUUCAUGUGGAAUAAUCAAAUGCAUGUUAACCGUUGUGCGAUCAGGGUAUCACUCCUCAACGAGGCUGCAAUAGUUCACCAACAAUUGCCGAUGUGAGGCGAUAUUGUACAUGUGAUGGACGUUUAACGAUUCUCAAUUUUGCAAUUUGCGGACAAAAGUGACCGUGAGUUUAACACGUCGGCUUUGGCGACCAAUAUCAUCCAUAAUACAUCUGGCCGUCGCCUGAUGAAUCUGUAAUUACUGGCGAAACGUCGCGAUCAGAUUGUAAAUUCUAGAUUUG